AUGUUUAAGCGACAGAAAUUCUCGAGCUCCAUGGCCAAAAGGGGUGACUUCAGUUUCCUUCUUCUAAACGUUUGAGUAAUUUUUGCAAAUAAGACUGUUUUAGUACAGAGGACCAAGACAAUAUAAAAUGGCUGACUAUUGGAAGUCUCAGCCCAAGAAAUUUUGUCAGUACUGCAAGUGUUGGAUAGCAGACAACAAACCGAGUGUUGAAUUUCACGAAAGGGGGAAGAAUCACAAGUUAAAUGUGGCUGCAAAAAUCGAAGAGAUUAAAAAGAAGAGCAUUGACCAGGCGAAGAAGGAGGAUCGCAUGUCAAAGGAGUUUGCAGCCAUGGAGGAGGCAGCUCUAAAAGCAUACGAGGAGGACAUGAAAAGACUUCAGACAGAAUCAGGUGCUACUGAAGUGGAGCCUCAGAGUAAAGCAGUCAUGGAGCCUCAGAGUAAAACUCGACGACCUCAACAACAAAGCAAGAAGCAGAGGAGGCCAAGUCCAGAGGCCAGCAGCAACAGUGAAGCCGACGCUUGGGUUGAAGGCCUGACUGAUGACGGACUUAUCUAUUACUACAACACAGGCACAGGAGAUUCGCAAUGGGAUAAGCCAGAAGGAUUCCAAGGUCAGAGUGAGGCUUCAGCCCAAGAUGGACAACAGAAUGAGUCGGGCUCCCCGUGGAUGGAGGCACUGAGUCCAGAUGGAUUCACUUACUACUACAACACAGAAACCGGUGAGUCAAGCUGGGAAAAACCUGCAGAUUUCCCCUCAGAAGGGAACGCAGCAGCCGAGGUGGAGGACCAGGAUGAGCCGUCUGCCCCUAAGCCAGAGCCCCUGUCUGAGGACGAGAACAGUUCCAACGGAGAGAAGACCUCUGGGGAUGCUGACGAGCCCAAACAGCCCAGAGUCCCCAAAAUCAGUUUCAGGAAAAGAAAAGAGGAGAAGUCUGAGGCCUCUGACGAGGAGGAAGACGAAGCUGAAGGAGGCGCUGGUGCCAAAGGAGAGAAGGAAGGUGCGGGAGGCUCUACCGAACGUGACCCUGCAAAAGAAGAGAAGGAAACGCCCGCCAAGAAACCCCGGAUCAAUCCCUACGGACUAUGGGAGAGUAUCCAACAGGAGGAGGACCCAUAUGAGAAUGUGGAUCUGCAGUUGCCUCAGGUGGACACAGGGGGCGGUGCACCACCCCCCACAGAGCUGCCUCCUGAGCCAAAGCCCAAAUUCAGGGAGCGCACCAUCACCUCCCUGGGGGACGAGGGGAGUGCGGGGGCCACCUUCCGCAAGAGGAAGACAGACAAUGGCAAGUCCAGAAGCCUCCGCCAGCGGGGGAAGGACGACUAGGAGCCUCCGCUGGACAUUUUUAUACGGGACAUGUGGAGGACGCUCAGGAAAUCAGCAGGCUGACAUUUAUUUUUGCUCUCUUGGCACACCCUGGAGUCUCGCAUGUUUAUGUGUGAGUUGUGUAGUGUCAACUCAAACGUCUUUGCAAAAUUGUAGUUGCUUAUGUGUGGAUGAGCUCAAGCAGCUUUUCCAGGAGUAGUUGCCACAUCCAGGGUUGAAAGCUCUGUUCACAGAGAAACAAAGAGCUAAUAAGUACACAUUCUUUAUAAGGAGUGUUUUUGUCCUUUCACAUCUUUAAUUCCUCUACACAUUUGAUUAUGGAGGUUUUUAUUUGUAUUUUUUUUUUAUUUGUUGUUGGUUGGCAUCAACCCUCCCCCCCCUGUUAUAGAUCCAUUAGUGUGUCAUGUAUUUAUGCGAAGGUAUUUUUCUAUGAUUGGCUUGAAAAGUGACAUUAGUCUGUUUAGUUCAUGUUGUCAAAGUAAAAUCUCCCUUUGUGGAUAAA